UACACGAACAUCUUGCAAUAAAAACCUCACGUUUCUAAUCCUUGCCUGUAACCAACCAUUUGUUUUCUCCACCCUCCGAUAGUGGGGCAGGCCCAUGUGUAUCCUUGGCGGCUCAACUACUACCACCACCAACAUUGCCUUUAUUUCCCGUCUAAGAAAAUUUUGAAUUCCCUCCAUGGGUCGUCCAGACACAACAACCGAGUCCUCUAGCUUCUCUUAAUCUUUGAGCGGCCCAAAUCUGAUUUGGGUGUCCUACGAAUUAUGCUUUUCUUGGUAACGAAAGAUCCAGCUCAAUUAUUCAAUCAGACAUAAAGUAGUAUUAACUAAUGCAUAAUCUCGUUCCUGCGUUGAUAAUUAUCAUUACAUUAACGGUGGGCAUGUCGAAUGACUGCUUGACCCAAAGUUGGGACUUCACUAUAUAAUCCCUUGUCUCGUACAUUCACUCAUUUCAUUUAUCAGUUGCCCAUAAACAGAAGUGCUGUGUAAUGAAGGUGCCCGUGUGCUUAACAAUGGGUGGCCUGAAGAACUCAGGAUUGGAAACCGCGACUUGUGGGCACGUGGAUGCGGAGGCAGAUGCGGAUGUAUGCGUGGAGGAAUGCGAGGAUGACAGCAAUACGAAUGAGUCGGAUUCGCUUUGUACCAUGAUUGCGGCAGUGAAGGUGUUAUUGCAAGGAUUGGGCGAAGAUGUGAACAGAGAUGGGCUGAAAAAGACUCCCCUGCGCGUUGCCAAGGCUUUUAGGGAUGGUACUCGAGGUUAUUGUCAAACGGUAAAGGAUAUAGUUGGGGGAGCUUUAUUUCCAGAAGCGGGUAUAGAAAAUGUUAUUGGCUGUGGAGGAGGAUCUGGUGGGUUGGUUGUGGUGCGGAAUAUUGAUCUUUUCUCAUAUUGUGAGGCCUGCUUGUUACCUUUUAAGGUGCGUUUCCAUGUUGCUUACAUUUCAUCAGGACAACGAGUUGUUGGUUUAAGCAAACUUUCCAGGGUUGCAGAAGCAUUUGCUAAGAGGCUGCAAGCGCCACAGAGGCUAGCAAAAGAAGUGUCCAAGAUGUUGUAUGACACCAUAAGGCCUUUAGGUAUUGCUGUUGCUUUGGAGUGCUGGCAUAUGCAGUUUCAUGUAAUGGAUGGAAAAGCUUAUGAAGUAAAUUCUGAUAAUCAGGAGAUGUGUGGCUGGAAUUACUUUUCUGUUUGUGCCGGUUCUGGCCUUUUUGAAGAUGAAAGCAGUGAUGCAUGGGGUGAGUUUAUUGCUGUUUUAAGCCUUGGUGGUGUCAAUAUCAAGAGGUCUUGUACUACUGCAUCUGCCGGUCAGCAAGGCAGUUGGUGUCCCUUUCAGUCACUUGAUGACAUGCGAUUGCCUCCAGUAAACGGCAAAACACUAGAUGAUAGUGAAUUAAGAUCUAAUGGUCACAUGGUAAAAAAAAUAUCUGGUCCAAAUUCUCAGCUCAAUUUAAAUUUACAAUCAAAAGUUGGAGUUAGCUUCUCUAUGAUGGUUGCUGCAGUUGAGUCCAUUAUUUCUGCUGUUGGUGAAGAUCCGAAGAGGGAAGAACUGCAGGAUACACCACGUUGCUUUGUUUGGUGGCUCUUAAACUUUUGUCUAAGAAAACCAGGAUUUCAAGUGAAUGGUUUUGAUUGGAGUAUUGCAGACUCUUAUCGAGGAGGGUCUUCUCCUCUAUUGGACACAGUGGCCAGCACAGAAGCUGUUUCUAGUGGAUUUGUUACAGAAAUUGAUGUGCCUUUCUUUUCACAAUGUGAGCAUCAUCUUCUGCCGUUUUUUGGUGUUGCACACAUAGGCUACUUUUGUAUUCAAGAAAAACAGCAGCUUGCCAGGUCAAAAAUGAAUGCUAUAGUUCAAUUUUUCAGCCAGAAGCUUCAAGUUCAAGAAAGGCUCACAAAGCAGAUAGCAGAAACUGUUGCUUCUACUUGCAACACAGCUGGUGUUAUGGUUGUUCUCGAGGCAAGCCACAUCUGCAUGCUUUCUCGGGGUGUUGAAAAAAUUGGCAGCAGCACGGCUACUAUUGCUGUGCUUGGCAGAUUUGUCACAGACUCGGCAGCAAAAGUUGCAUUCUUCCAGAAAAUCUUAAGUAGAGAUCCCACAAGGAGAUAAUUGUCCAUAACAAGAUAGCUAUUUCAUUAUGCCGCAUGAUUCUCAAUUCACCAUUUCAUUAUCUCUGUUACUAUUUUGAUUGUUUACUUUUCCCAAUAAAACCAAGAAUUCAUCAAAUUGCACCCUUGCUAGGAGCAGUGGAGCUACCUAUCUAAUGUAACAAAAUAUUUGUUUUGUCUCAGAAAUUUGUUUGACAGAAGGAUUCUUCUUUCACUGGGUAGUACUGAAGUGUUUUUGUCACAGGCAAAGCUGUUAUGAAGUCUGGGCAUGCUAGGAGCAGUGGAAUUACCUAUCUAAUGUAACAAAAUAUUUGUUUUGUCACAGAAAUUUGUUUGACAGAAGGAUUCUUCUUUCACUGGGUAGUACUGAAGUGUUUUUGACACAGGCAAAGCUGUUAUGAAGUCUGGGCAUGCGUUUCUCCAACAUCAUUCUUUUCUCUUUAUUCUGUGUCUUUUUGGAUAAAGAUUUGCUAUUUUUAACCUAAAUAGUAGGUGGCACCAAAAUAUGGUGAUUGUAGGGUUGCAAAGCCACAAUUUUUGUGGUUGGGAAGACACAUCUUUUUGUGUUUUAAAUGACUGGUAUAGGCUCUCUUAUAAUUAGUCAACAAUUCUUUCCUAUAAUCAGUUGACAUUUUCAAAUUGGCGUUAUGCUAUUAUGAUAGUAUUUUGUAUCAGUGGAAUAUUAGCAAGUUGCUAUUACAGGGAAAGCUGGGAUGACCGGUUAGCUGGAAUACCAUUUAUCAUGUUCAUUUAAAUUUUUGCUUUUCAUGUGUAAUAACAAAAGGCAAACAUAUUGCUAGCUGCCAAAACUUGUGAAGAUUUUAACACUGGCUAAGAUGAAUAAAAUACUAAAUUUUUCUUCAA